AUGUUCCUUAUCCAAAGCAUUAUUAUCGCUUGUUUGAGUUACAGACUCAAAAAAUUCCAAGAAAGGUAAGACUUUGGAUGGUGAAGAUGGUUAAGAAGCCCUUUAAUUUGUUUUGUGUGUUUGUUAGCUUUUUGAGACUUGGCCUCGCCUGCGUAACAGGCGCUUGCAAGUAAUAUGGGCACAAGAAAGAACAGCGCGCACUAUGGGAGAAGCGAGGGGGGAGGGAGUAUCUCGCGCCCCGUUCUCUCUCGCACCCAUACGAAGGAUGGCCUUGACCGUACACAGAUCGGAGUGUAAUAGCAUUCCCAUAAUUUAACCUUCUGAUCAACAGAAACGUCUCCUGCAUUUAUUUAUUCGCAAUUGAGACUCAUCGGAUAGCGCCAUGGUCUGGGAGCCAUCAACUUUGGAUAGUCGGUGGAAUCACAAUCGCAAAAGAAUCUGGGUGGGGUAGAAUUAGGGCUGAGAAUUCGGGACACUAUUAAGAAAAUUCUUUGAUACGUUUGAAAGCAAAUAUUUAGCCACUGAUACUCGAGGAAACACUUUUUACUGGCUAACAGUCAGAACAAGUUAAAGUCGGAUCAAUUUUGUAAAAACUUGGCGUCAACUACAAUGGUGAUAAUGGCAUCCGUUGUAGCAUUCUCUUCCCACCAAGUUCUCACAUUGCGUGACUUUUUGAUACGAGAAGAUUAAAAAUGUUUCUGAAAAGAAAUGUAUCAAAUACAAUACAAUACAAUAACUUUAUUUAAAGAGGGAAGCGCAAUAACCUAUUACAGUUUUCUAACCUACGGCCCUCGGAAAAUAAAUAAAUAGAUAAAUAAAUUUAGAAAACUAAAAACAAAUAAAUUUAUAAAUAUAUAUAUAUACACAAAAGAGACAAUAUUUAAAGUAGAAUAGGCUAUAGACACGUAAUGAAUAAUAUAUAAAUCGACGAAGGGGGGCAAAAUACUAAGUACUAAAUGAACAUGUAUACAUAUAUACAUAAAUAUAAAUCAAAAGACGUAAUAGUGGUUGUAGUAGGAAGUCCUAUGAAAAACAGUGACAUUGAAUAGAAUAGCGGCAAGUCGAGCACAGUAGAUCCUCCAAGUGCUCAGCCGAUGAUAGGCGUGAGAAAAACAGACUUCGUAAUUUAGACUUAAGAGAGGAGGGAAGAAAUUUAAAUAUCAGUGGAGAAGAAGAAAUGGAAAACUCUUUUAAGUCGGAACUGAGGUCAUUAAAAAGUUUAGUAGCAGUAUAGGCCAAGGUGCGUUUCCCAGAGUUGCUAUGUGGGCAUGGCACCUUUAAGUCGUAGAGAGAGGCUCUUGUAAAACGGCCCAAAGGCUCUUGUAAAGCGGUCAAAUGAAAUGUCAGUCUGCAUAACAGGCGUUUUAUUUAUUUAUUUAUAAAUUUUUUGCAGGCCAAUAGAAUGUAUAUGGUCUUAAAAUGUGAAAUUGCUUUUAUUUUCAGGGUAGAAUCAAUGAAUUCAUCCAUUGGAUCGUACAAAAACCAUGCGUUUAAUCCAUACUUCUCCACGAGUGAGUCAGGGAUCAGUGAGAUAGAAGACAUAACAUAUAUGCCG